AUGUUCAACGCGGCCUCCAUCGCCGACACCCUGCGCAAUGACGCCCGCGACUAUGGGUUCGGCAAGAACCUGCACGCCGACGUCGGCCGGUCCUCGGACGAGGCCAACCCCGGCUCCAAGCAGGUCCACUUCGACUGGCAGCACCUGAAGCGCGCCCGCGAUGCCUACGUCGCCCGGCUGAACACCAUCUACAACAACAACCUCAACCGCGACUCGGUGGACUGGGUCCUCGGCCAUGCCUCCUUCAUCGAUGCCAAGACCGUGAGCGUGGCCAUCCCGGCCGAUGGCGACACCCCUGCCACCACCCGGCAGAUCACCGCCCAGCACAUCCUCAUCGCCCCGGGCUCCACCCCCAACAUCCCCAAGAUCCCCGGCAUCGAGCACACCAUCGACAGCGAUGGGUUCUUCCAGCUGGAGGACCUCCCCCGCCGGGUGGCCAUCGUCGGCGCCGGGUACAUCGGCACCGAGUUCGCCGGUGUCUUCAACCAGCUGGGCUCCGACACCACCAUGUACCUGCGCGGUGCGGCGCCGCUGCGUGGCUUCGAUGACCUCCUGCGCCGGACCCUGCUGGAGGAGAUGCGCAACUCCAACAUCAACAUCCGGGCCUACACCACGGUCACCGGCGUGCGCAAGGACCCGGCCACCGGCGAGCUGUAUGCCAUCGACCUGCCGGAGGAGGGCCCCUUCGACCAGGUGGUCAUGGUCACCGGCCGCGUGCCCCGCACCGAGGGCCUGCACCUGGACCGCGCCGGCGUGGUCACCACCCGCCAGGGGUACAUCCAGGUGGACCGGUACCAGAACACCUCCACCGAGAAUGUCUACGCCCUGGGCGACGUGUGCGGCAAGGCCGAGCUGACCCCGGUGGCCAUCGCCGCCGGCCGGCGCCUGGCCAUGCGCCUGUUUGCCGGCUUCCCGGACAGCCACCUGGACUACGAUGCCCCCAUCACCACGGUGGUCUUCAGCCACCCGCCCUGCGGCACGGUCGGCCUCACCGAGGAGGAGGCCCGCGAGAAGUAUGGCGCCAAGAACAUCAAGGUGUACACCAGCACGUUCACCAACAUGUACCACGCGGUUUCCUCCUUCAAGACCAAGACCGCCAUGAAGAUGGUGUGCCUCGGCCCGCAGGAGAAGAUCCUCGGUCUGCAUGUGAUCGGCCGCGGCGCCGACGAGAUGAUCCAGGGCUUCGGCGUGGCCGUCCGCAUGGGUGCCACCAAGCAGCAGUUCGACGACACCGUGGCCGUCCACCCGACCGCCGCCGAGGAGUUCGUCACCAUGGUCUAA